UGUCAGUACCUAAUCUGAGCAGCUGUGGGCCGGGAGUUGCUCAGCCCAAUUUCCCUAGAACUUUAGUUCCAGACCCUUCGGCCAGAGACACAAGACUGGAGAAUAAGAUUGAAUCAUUUUAUCUUCAGGAAAAGCCCCCAAAAUGGCGGAUUCGGGGUCAGCGACCAAGCGCCACAACCCGGUCGACAGCAUCUGCCGUAAGAUCAAGACCAUUCAGAUGAGGGAUCAGGAUUCCAACCCCAACCUGCAGAUCCCCAAGUUCCAGUCGCGGAACUUCGACAGCCCCCAGUCCAACACCAAGAAGAACCUGGAGGAGGUGCUCAAGAACAGGACAGUCAAGAACCCUGAUAAAGAACAGGGGGGUAUCUCUUCUCCUGGGGGCCGCGUCUUCUCCCCGGGGCCCAGUUUGGCCUCUCCGUGUCUACGGACGGUGGCCCCAAGCGACUCCCCGCUGGGCAAUGCCGCCUACUCCAUCAACCUGACCGUGACGGACAAGAACAAGAAGAUCUGGCCAACCAAGUCUCAGAGUUGCUCCACCCCAGUUGUCUACGCCGGGGACCUCCAGUUCAAGUUCUCCCAGUCGGCCAUUCCCAGCGCCCAGUACAAAAGCAUUUUGCUGGAGGAGCCGUCGAUCCCCUGCACCCCCAGUUUCUACUUUGCAGAUCGGAAGUCGGAAACCAUCGCCCUCCAGUCCCCGGUGGUCAAGAGACUGUCGCUGAGCGAGACUGCAGGCUUCCGGCGGCCCCUGGAGCACAAAGCGGAGAACGCGUCGGAGGUGAGUCUGAUCUGUGAGGAGGACCUGCUGGACAGCAUCUUCCACGCCUGCGACUCCGACCACCGAGGUAAAGUCGCCGUGUCCAAGAUCGUGGAUUAUCUGCGACACACGACAAGUCGCGGCUCAGAGGACAGUGGGUUGGACGAACUGUGUAACAUGUUGGACCCGGAGAAGCAGGACAUUUCCAUGGACCUAGAGACCUAUCAGGCCAUCAUGAAGGAAUGGAUCGACGACUGCAGGAACAACUGCACUGAUCACAGUAAGAUGAAGGAGUCGGCCCUGGGGCCGGAGGAGUCCAUGUUUAAGCUGCGGGAGAGUCUCCUGGCCGUGAGGAGGAUCUCUGGGACCAUGAACAUCACGUCGGGGAGUCUGGAGGCGUUUGGGGGGGACAUAUCCAGGGGAGACCUGGAGACGUCGGACCUGAUCACAUGUGUGGCCGACCUGCAGUACAAUAACCAGAAGCUGCAGGAGCAGCAGGCCAAGCUGAAGGCCACCAUCGAGGCCCUGGAGGAGGCCAACCAUCGGCUACUGGAGGAGAACGAGGAGCUGCACAACCAGUGGAAGAGUUCCCAGCAGGCCAUAACUCGAGCGAGGGUCCUGAAGGAGGAGCUGGAGGAGAUGAAGACGAACAUGAGCAGCUCGGAGGAGAGGAAGGCGCAGGUCGUGGCGCAGAACAAACUGCUGGAGAAGGACAAUCUCUCCCUAAUCCAUAAGAUCAGCGGCCUGCAGGAAGAGAAUAUGAGGGGGACCCUGGAAGCUGAAGGACUCAGGAAAUCCAUAUCCGAGAUCACAGACAAAGUCGCCAUCCUGCAGAUGCAACUGAGCGAGUCUGAGAAUGCGCUGCAAAAGCGGGACGCCACCCUACAUAUGAAGGAGCUGUACAUUGAGGAGCUGAGAUCCACGCUGAUGGACUAUGCGUCGGUCAUUGAGAACCUGAGAACGGAGAAAUCGAAGCUGGAGAAUAAUUUGCAUCAAAUGGAGCAAGAGCUCCUCUCGAAUGGGAUUUCCUCCCCAAUUACCCACAAGUUCAGCCGAAUGAUAUCGGGGAGUCUGAAUUCUCUGCAGUCUGAGCUGGAACUUGCCCAGCAGUCUCCCGAGGUCUCUGUGGCCGAAUGGAUGAACCAAUCAGGGCAAACAACAUCCCUUGAUAUCACCUUGGACCGCGAGGUUCUGCUGCUGCUUCAAGGCCCCGGGCAGGAUCAGGCGGCUGUGGAAUUCAAAUCCAUAAUGCAAAGCUUGCAGGGGGAGACGUGUGGGAUGGCGGAUCUGGUUCUGGUGUCGCUGCGGCGCCUGAUUGAGUCCAACACAGACGCUAAGGAUUUGCCGGGGAAGAUGCUGGAGAUUAUAAAGGCCGACUUAAAGGAGAAGCGCAGCAGUUGGACCCAUAAGCUGAAGCAACUGGAGAAGCACCGGGAGUCUCUAGACAAGGAGUUUGUGAAGAUGGCGGGGAGUCUCCGGCGGCUGAAGACGGAACAGGUUCAUAUGAGGAAAGAGCUGUCCGCCAGAUGCCAAGAGCUGGAGAUGGCGAGGCAGAGGCAGGAGGAGGCCGAGGGCAGAACAGAGGCCGUCGCUCUCCGGGUCAAAGAACUUGCACUUCAGGAAGUGGAUUUCACCCAAAAGGUCGGGGAGCUGGAGGGAGUACUCGGUGCUGUGCGGGCUCAGAACCAGGCUCUGGCGGGGCAACUGGAUCAGGCAAAUGUACAGAGGAAGGACCUGCUGGCAGCGAAAGAUUCACUAACUGCCAACUGUCAGCUCCUCCAGCACAACUGCACCGAGCAGCAAAAGACCAUCCAAUCCCUCCAGGAGAAACUGUUUAAAGGGCAACUCUGCCGCCUCCUGUGUCAGAACUGCUCCGAACAGAACCCAGUGGAUGAGACCGGUGCCCCCGCGUUGGAUGUGGAGCCCCCAGGUGGGAGGGCCGAUAAGAAAUGUAUCUGCAAGAGAUUCUGUAUCCAAGAAGCAAAUCGCCUGGUCCGAACCCCAAAAAGCAGCCGUGAUUCCCACCCACAGUGUGUGUAUACCCCCCUGCUAGACGCACUGACGCUGGAGAUAUUACAGUUAUACCCCAGACUGGGGGGGCGCAGUUUCUCUCGUUUCGGGGGCAGGACCCAAGGGAAAGCCGUGGGGGCCAAACACCGGGAGUUCGGCAAAACCCCGACGUCGGAGGGGGAUUCUGUGAAUCUAAACAAGGGCAAGUUCGUGUCUCGGGGGGUUCAGACGGAUGUGGGUGACCCUGCUGCUCCCUCUAUGGAUCUUCCUUUCCCACAGGGCCACAGAGCUGACAAUCAGUCGGGGGACCCCAAUAACAGCAGCGGCGUCGCCCUGAAUUCCCAGGAUGCCCCCAGUAGCACCGCCUCUGCUAUGGAUACCACCCUCAUUCCGUCAGUUUCUGAAACCCCAGAACCAGAUAACGAGCGGCUUGUGAAGGAGACGGAGGCUGUUGUGUCGGAGGAACCCCCAGUAGAACAUGAAGCCAUGGAAUGUGCAAAGGCCACUGAUACUGAAGUGCCGCAGCGUGAGACUGGACAAGGCCCUUGGCAAAAAGAACCUAUUUUGGAAGAUGCAGAAGUGAAAGUCGGGGGGGGCCCAUUGGCGGGUCAAGAAGCAAAUCCUCUGCCCCCGACUCUUCCAGCCGACCCCCCCACUGAUCCACCGGAGGAAAAUAUUCACGGCGCCAAUAACCAGAAGGAGAUGGAGACUGAGUUCCUGCGCUUGUCCCUUGGGUUUAAAUGCGACCUCUUCACUCUGGACAAGCGGCUGCGGCUGGAGGAGCGCUCUCGCGAUUUGGCAGAGGAGAAUCUGAAAAAGGAGAUUGCAAGUUGCACCAAACUGCUGGAGGCGUUGGCGCCCCUGUGUGAGGAAGACAACGAGUCCCACGAGAUAGUGAAGAAGCUGGAGAAGGCCCUGCAGUUCCUCGGGGUACACACUGCCAGGGUGGCCAGUCGGGCAGAGAUGCUGGGGGCCAUUCACCAGGAGAGUCGGGUCAGUAAGGCCGUGGAUGUGAUGAUCCAACACGUGGAGAACCUGAAGCGCAUGUACGCCAAGGAGCACGCGGAGCUGGAGGACCUGCGGGAACUUCUCCACCAGGGCGACCGCUCCAGCUUCUCCACCGAGCGAGAUGAGAAGUUGUCGUCGUCUUUACCCGCAAAGCCGUCGUCUCUCAGGAGAGUCAGUAUGCCGACCUAUACCCGCAGCAUGGUGGAACCAUUUGGAGGGGAUAAAAUAGAUGGAAAGUUCCACAAGAGAUCGAACAGCUGGAAACUGAUGGGGUCGAAGCAGAAUGAGAAUCGCCCGAAUCUGCAGCGUUUUGCCACCAAUUACCCCCGGCCCGACCCGACCGACGAGGAGUUAAUUCAAGAGGAUGAAGGAAGCCCGGAGUUCCCCGAGAUUCCCCAGGACGACAUGGCGAGGAAGUUGAGUUUCCUGGAAAUGGCGCCCCCCCCACACAAGUGCAGUCUGUACCACCGGGCGCGCUCCUGGGCGUCCGAUCUGAAGAAUUCCGUUUCGUCCCUGAACAAGACCGCGACGGUAUCGGUUAUGGUGUUCUUCCUGCUGGCGGCGCUGGCGAGCUUCCUCGUGGGACUGUCCUUCCAGAGACCAGUGGAGGGCGCCCCGGAGGGGACGGGAGACUCUUGGACGGCGCUGCAGCAGUUUCUGUGGCCCUAUACCGGGCUCCACCACAACGGCCAGCCCCCCGUGUGAGAGCGUCGGACCCCCCCGGCCGUGAUAGAAUCCAUCGCUUCCGGACUAAUUUAAUAAUAAUAUUUUAUAGAAGGUUUUACAGGAGAGGAAAAAAAAUUUCUAUUUUGUAUGUUGCCUAAAACUCCGCCCCCCCCCC